CCUCCAAUUACAUGAUAGAAAAAGCCACACAGUUUCCGCGAUCAUAUGGUUUCCCAGCGGUUAUGACGCAACGGAACAAUAUACCGAUUUGCGGUCACAAUCAAUCUCGAUUCGCGAAGUAAACGAACCCGAGAUGAAAUUAAUAUGCAACAGAAUCCCUAUCAAAUGAGCUGCACCACGCACGGCGCACGCGCCAGUCGAUCUCUCACGCGCGGCCCGAGCGCAUGUGCCGCCGCCGGUCCGAACUCGAAAUUUAAAAAUCGUAACCGUCAAUCGUACUACCGGCCAGUGACAACCCAAAACUAGUGAUGCGAUUAGUGUUUUUUUUUUCUAAAUGAAAGUGAUCGAUUAAUAAUCGAGUUAUAGGAAUGCGUAGAAAUCGUUUCGCACGAACGAACGGGUGGAAGACUAUCAUGGAGUAACCGCUGAAAACAAAUGAACUAAACAAAAAGCCAAAAUGAACCGCGACUAUUACAAAGUGUCGUACACGAGCAACCGCAUGCCGACCAUCUCGGACGAUGUCCUCGACAACGUCGUCGACACAGAGUUCAACGCGAACCAGUUCAAGUUGUUCGACGACUUCACAACGGACCUGAGGAUCAACUUCAACUCCAGCAGCUUCCGGAGGAGAGGCGAUCCGAAUGACUCGGGCGUCGAUAUGGAGAACGGGAAUCCGAUGGAUGACGCCAAUGAAACUGAUUUGUUGGAGAACGAAGUGAUGGUAGAUCCCUGGAGCAGCAUGGACUCUUCAAAUUCGCCGUUAACUGACUCCGUACCAUCCGCCAGCGAUGACUGCAGCCCAUCCACUUCCAGUGAACCCCCGCGCGGCUCGCAGGAUCCUUCCCCUCUGUCCCCCGAAGCGCGCCGCCUCAUCGACUCAAAACACCCCAAACCCCCUCAGACUCAACCCCACAAAACGGACAAAGCGCGCUCUCGGGACCUCACACUAGCCCUGGAUCCCGACCCGCUCCCGCGCCGGCAUUUCCUCGACGACGAUUACCAGAACGCAUCCAAAUCGAACAUAGAAUGUCGCAUCCCCAAACCACAUUUCCUCGACCACUCGCCAUCACCCGACGAAUUUGACGAGCGUAGCGACAUUACAAACCCCAACUUCCUCGACGACGAAGCCGAGGACGACCAAGCGCAAAAGAAAGCCGGCGCCCUCCCCAAGAAAACUACAAAGAUUUCCUCAUAUUUACCUCAAGAAGAACGACCGCAUAGGACUAGUUACCGGAGUACGCUACAUUACGGCUUAGAAAAUGCGGCGAGAUCUAGUGAAAGAGACAAAAGAGCUUCGCAGCUGUACAGAGGAACGUGGCCCGGCGAACGGGACAUUUGGACCGGCCACGACUCGGCUAGCGUCCGGAGCUUCUCCAGCAACGGCUCGUCCGACGGACAUCGGCCCUCCUCCAAUUUAGACAACAAAAUGGACUGCGUCAUCUCUCUCAUCUCCCUUCUUAGCUUAUCACCAGAGAACAACGCCGACCUGAGCGGACCUCUACUAGAAAUGAGCAGAUCAGUGGAAAGCUGCAUCGCAAUGAGACAGGCUGGCUGCAUACCCUUACUAGUCCAACUGAUUCACUCCAAAGUACCCAGGGAGACACGGGACCGCGCCGCAAAGGCGCUGCGAAACAUCAUCCACACUCAAACCGACGACAAAGCCGGCAGACGAGAAGCGAGAGUCUGGAGACUACUCGAACAAGUGAGAGAAUACUGCUACAUCUUAGAAGAUGUCGUAGAAAACCGGAAAGAAGGGAAGGAAGUUAUCGAAGACGAUGGUAGUAAACAUCCUAGUCAAAGCGUGGCUGCGUUGAUGAAGCUGUCCUUUGACGAGGAGCACAGGCACGUGGUGUGCCAACUGGGUGGUCUACAAGCUCUUGCGGCGUUAGUGAGUGGAGACCAAGCAGCGCACGGGAGCAGAACUGACGAUAACACGUGCUUGACGAUGAGGAAGUACGCCGGCAUGACGCUGACGAACCUGACGUUUGGCGACGGCAACAACAAGUCCUUGUUAUGCUCGUUUAAAGACUUCAUGCUGGCGUUGGUGGAGCAACUGGAGUCGCCCAAUGAUGACAUGAGACAGGUAACUGCUGCAGUACUACGUAACUUAUCAUGGAGAGCGGACACCAGCAGCAAGCAGGUCCUACGAGAAGUCGGAGCCGUGAAGGGCCUCACCAAAGCGGCCAUGACAUGCCAAAAGGAGGCCACCCUCAAGUCCGUACUCUCUGCCCUUUGGAACCUUACAGCCCACUGCUCCAUGAAUAAGGUCGCCCUUUGCUCCGUCGACGGGGCUUUAGGGUUCCUCGUCGAUAUGCUCAGCUACGACUCCCCCACUAAAACCUUGGCCAUCGUCGAGAACGCCGGCGGCAUCAUGCGGAACGUCUCCAGCCACAUCGCCGUCCGCGAAGAUUACAGGCAAAUUCUCCGCGAGAGAAAUUGCUUGAGUGUCUUACUGCAGCACUUGAAGUCCCCCAGCCUCACCGUCGUGAGCAACUCCUGUGGAACGUUGUGGAACCUAUCUGCGCGCUGCCCGCAGGACCAGCAGUUCCUAUGGGACCACGGAGCCGUGCCCAUGCUCCGCAGCCUCAUCCAUUCCAAACAUAAGAUGAUAGCCAUGGGCUCUGGUGCGGCCCUUAAAAACCUCCUCAACUCCAAACCUGGAAAGACACACAUCAUCUCGCUAGACAGCACAGCGAGAACUAUGAACCUCCCUGCUCUGCCUACACUUGGAGCUAGGAAACAGAAAGCUCUCGAACAGGAGUUAGACCAGAACUUAGCCGAAACGUGUGACAACAUCGAGCCAGCGACCUCGCCUACCACGAGCAACAGGGACGAGAAGAGUCUCUUCACGGCCACCGAGCGACAGAUCGCCAUGAACCUCAACAGAAUGUCGUCAAGUUCACCUUUAAUGGGAGCGCUGACCUCACAAAUUUCACUCAGCCACAGCGCGCAUCUCGCCAGUUACCUGAGCUGCAGUAACACUUUAUUAAAAGGUGCUUUAGUCACUCGAUCUACCACGGGAAGCACUAGCAACGUCAACCGUUCCGACAGCAAGGAUUCCGUCACGAGCGCUCAUUCCGACACAGUAUUCGAAAGAGUCAUGCGCACUGGAAAAGUCCCUGUACCAACACCGAGAAACAAAGACUUAAUGAAGAGUGAAUCAGGCGGAGAAGCGUUUAAAAUGGCCUCCAAACCUUUAGCCAAGGACGGUUUCCUGCGAUACCCAACGCAACCUCCGAUACCACCACCGAGAACGACCGAUAUGAGAACUAAUUAUACAGAGUCUGGUUACGACGUCGACCAAGACUCUUGCGACCAGCCUAUAGAUUUCAGCAGGAAAUAUUCGGAAACUAAAACCAACGAGCCGGAACCGUCUUUAGCUGAAGGCAAACCCAAACCAACCAAAAAAUACAAGAAAGACAGUUCGAGCACCUUCGGAGAUUAUCAAGAGACCGAUUUAGACCAGCCAACGGAUUAUUCCCUCCGCUACGCUGAGCACCAAUCGGAAAACGGUUCAGAUAUCUCCGAGCCGGCCGCCCACGAGGACACUAUCAAACACUUCGCCACUGAAGGCACUCCGUACGAAACACCCAUCAUUUUCUCCACCGCCACCUCCAUGUCUGACCUUAGAGUCAUAGGCAAAGACGGGAAACCAAAAUCAACACCAAGCGUGAAGGAAAACCCUGAGGUCAUGACGCAUUCGGAUGAAAAGGAUACUUGCUCCAUAGAAGAUCCCCCGAGACACGACAAUGACAGAGCGAUAGUUACUCCCCAAAACCCUGAGCCCAUUCCUGAAAAGCGAAGUGUGUUCGACACGAAGUUCAGUUCAGGGAUGAUAAGUCCAGAGAAACCAGUGAAUUAUUGUGACGAGGGUACUCCUGGGUACUUUUCUCGAGUUAGUUCAUUGAGCAGUUUAGGUGAGCCUACAGAAGAAGAUAGUUUGGCGAAGAAGAAUGCGAUGGCUACUAUUAAUGUGGAGCCGAGCGUUCAGGACCAAAGCGCCAGCUCUUCAAAGGAUAAAGAAGGUUCCAAAGCGGUGACAUUCGCAACGGACCCAGUAGCAGUGAGCUCGCAACCUUCCACGCCAGGCCGUUUCGUAGAAGACACCCCGCUCAUGUUCUCUCGCUCGUCCUCUCUGGGCUCGCUGCCUGAGGCCGACGAGCAGCAGGACCAGGGUUCGGUGCUGUCUGAAGUCAGGUCAGUUCAACACACAACGGACCCAGUAGCAGUGAGCUCGCAACCUUCCACGCCAGGCCGCUUCGUAGAAGACACCCCGCUCAUGUUCUCUCGCUCGUCCUCUCUGGGCUCGCUGCCUGAGGCCGACGAGCAGCAGGACCAGGGUUCGGUGCUGUCUGAAGUCAGUCGGCUAACGUCGGGCUGUAUCUCUCCGAGCGAGAUUCCGGACUCGCCCGGCGCGCCCGCCUCGCCGCGCUGCGCAGACCCUGUCUCACCCCCGCCAGUUUGCGAACCGGAAUUGGACACCCGCGAUUGUCGCGAAGUGUCCGUGUUUGAGGAGCGCACUUCGCAGUUCAUGGUGGAAAACACUCCGGCGCAAUGUUCACCGCCGAACCUGAGCAGUUUGAGCAGCCUCACCAUCGAGGAAGAGGUCAAGCCAUCACAGCUAAGCUUGAAGCUGUCCAAUGGAGACGAUGGUUUCAAGAAUGACGGCAACGAACGCUCACCUGCACCCCGAGCACUCCCCGUGAGGACGAUCAGUGAACCACUACGAGGAACCCAAACCCCCGGCGACACAUGCCAGGUGUACUUCACAGAGGAUACACCGGCCAUCCUGUCUAAGGCGGGCAGCAACUCCAACCUGUCCGUGCUGUCCAUCGACUCGGCGCCGCCGCGGAACGCUCCCGACACCUCCGACAGCAGCAACCUGAGCGACGCGGACCUGCUGGAGGACUGCAUACAGAAGGGGAUCGCUAACGUUGUGAAAAACAAGCCGUCUUCAGACUUGUCUUCAGUUAACUACUCAGACCGGGAUAACGUUUAUAGAUCCCUGCCUCCGUAUCUCCGCACGUCCACCGAAACCGUGAAGAUGUCGCACGAACAUGAAAGGAACGUACGAGUGAGCCCUAGCCCCACUAUGUCCCCGCCGCCGCCGCCGCCGCCGCUGCCGCCCAAGGACUCGCGCCACGCCGCCCCGCCGCGCCCGCCGCAACGCAGACGCGAAAGCCGCCUGCCAAUUAAAACAGCGCGCAACCUCGAGAAACAACUCCCCGCCAACCACGACUCAUCCAGUUCCCUCAGCCUGGACUCGUUCGGCUCCACCGACCGCGAGAUCUUCGAGGAGACCGUCCAGGCCGGCCUCAGCCACGCCACACACUUCCACAAGGCACACUCCGUUGAAAGACCUACGGACAACGUAAGACACACUAGACAUCAUAAAUCCCUCGACAGGAGCGACAAAAUCUCGCAGCAUCGACCUAAAGUUAAAGACGAGGAGUUCGAGAGAAACCUCGCUUCGGGCGUCUAUAACAUCAAAAGCAGCUCCCGCGUUCGGAGGCUGGACCAGGAGUUCGCUUUAACGAGAUCCCCAUACUCGUAUCACGGGGAAUCCUCCUCUAUGGCCCAUAGGUUUAGAGGUCACCACUCUAGGUACUACGACGACGGUCCACCGAGCUUACCCGCAAGAAUCGACGAGCCUAGAAGACAACUGGAAAGAAGCAACUCGCUGAGUUCCCUCAGCAACGAUUCGUUCGGAUCUACAGAUAAGGAGGUGUUCGAGCGCUGCGUACGUAUGGGCAUGUCGAAAGCCCAGCCUAAGAGGAGCGAGAAACUCCGCGUGCGAAGCGACGACAGGUCCGAGCGACGCGACGGAGGGAGGCGACGCAAGGACAACAAAAGCCAGGGGGCGUUGGACAGAAUGGUCGGGGAGGAGUCGCGGGACCGCGCGCUGCUGGAGGAGGUGAUAGCGCGCGGCGCGGGCGAGGGCCGACACUCAAAAAACGUCCCCGCGCCGCCGGCGGCCGCCAUCGCCGCCGGCGGCGCCGCCACCACACCGACACCCAAGCCUGGCUCUGAUCCUCUGCUCGUCACCUCCUUCCCCUCUCUCGCUCCCUCGCUCGAUACAUCCCGGGAACCUCCAGCUUCCGCCCUCACGAGUGACAGCCUGAAUCGCUCCAACGAGUGCCUCGCGCCGCAGUCUGCGAAUACGACUUUAGACUCCGAAGUCCGCGACGAACUCAACCGGUCUAACGAGUCCUAUGCGGACGUCCUCGACGGAUCUUGGAGCGACGAGCCGAGAAACUACGAGGCGGCGACGUUGACGAGAAAGAAGCUCGAGUACGCCGAUAUUAAAUACACUGAGAAGGCCUUCGAGGAGUCCAAGCACGAUACGUGGAACGACAACACGUGUCCCGAUGACGUGACGUUCCCGACUAUAAGCGGCUCCGUUCAUAUGGUAUCAUCUAUUAGAAGUGAAAUCGCGGAUGCGGCCUUAGCGUUACCGGAUUUACUAGAGAAAAGUGAAGCGGUGAUGUCCACCCGACCCGAUCUCACCAACAAGUUGGAUGAGGACACGGUCGCUUCGGAACUGCAGAUCACUGAAGACAAUCAACUCACUGAUGUCAUGCUCGACAACAUUCCCGAACCCAGCUACACUUCCCUAGUUGAUGACGGCGAACAGAAGUUUGAUUCCCUCAUGGCAUCCGCUAUAGAAAAAGAAGCGGCCAGGUUAGCAGCGCAACUAAAGAGCUCUACAUACGGCAUGGAAAACAGUGUGACAUCGCUAACUUCUUUAGACCUAGACAAUGUGAACCCACCGUCACAUUUAGGCAGUCUUCUCUCCUUAAGCGCUUCAGGUCAAUGGGAUGAUACGUCGAAAAAAUCCCAAAAAUCCCGCAAAAAAUCCCUCCCCGUCGCCAUGAUGGUUAAGAGAGCGCUCAGCAACUCCAUGCACCAAGGAUCCUCUGAACACUUAGACAGCAAUCCCGUCAGUUUUCUCGAAAAUGUCAAACCACCUUCGGAAAUGGAGAAUUUGGACAUGGAAAGUAGCAUGGUGUCUGUGAGCAGCAUAGUGUCUGAGGUGGCAGAUAGAGAAAAGACUCCCGUAGUAUUUGACUUCAAACAGCCUAUCCAGGAUUUCCCUCUCUGUCACAACUUUAAUCUCCUAGACUUGGACAAAGUCAAUCCUCCAUCGCUAUUUGAUGAAAUGGCAGAGUCCACAGUAGAAAUAGAGCCUACUACAGCACAUCAGCUACACGAUGAAGUUUCUAGUACCUUAAAUGUAGUCACGGAUAUCCCGUCCGGCUCUGAAAAUUGCACGCCUCUUCCAUCAGACAUGAGCAGCGUAGAAUCUACUCCAAAGAAAACGAGAGACCCUAAAUACUUGACCCCUAAAGAGAAACGAAAUGUAGCUAAAGAUAGAUAUCAAACUUAUACUAUAAUAGACCCACCAUCUGAGUCAGAUGUUCUGACUGUGACGUCUGAAGAAUUUAUGACGUGGACCAAAUCAGAAAGCGACAGAUCAGACGACUACGUCACAGCUAAUUCAGAAACGAAAUCAAAGAGGAAGAUGAGUGCUAAACAACGACGGUUAGAGGACAGAGCUAGGUAUCAAACGCAGACCGUCAACAUACAGAGCAUCAUACAGGAGACAAAGGCAGUCGAUCCGCAAAUCGAAAGCUUGAAGCAGCGGCUAGCCGCCAAGAAGACCAUGAAACAGAAACGCAUGGAGGACGCGGAGAGAUUCAGAACUAGAACACUCAGCGAGGAUAUCCCUCCAUCCCCAACGUUCGUCACAAAAGACGCCAGCUUCGAAAACGUGGAAACAACUACAGGCUACGACAGUCUAUCUUCUAAUGAACUAAACCAUCAGCAAAUUAUAGACGACAGACAAGAUGAUGUUUUCAGGGAAACUGAUAGCGGGCACAAUGAAGACGACUUCGAACUAAACUCGACCCAAAUGCAAACCUACACUAAGAGCUUCAGAAACUAUCUCCCCGUCAUAGAGAGCCCAGCAGCGGUGGAUAUCUGCGUCGUCAACAACUUGAAGAACAUAGAAAUGACCGCGUCAUAUCGAAGGGCGCUGCAAAGUGAUAAAGUCCAAAACCCGAGCACUAGCGACUUCGCCAGCUACGAGGGAGACACACAUUCCGACAACGAUUCUGAGGAAGAAGCCGCUCCAAGACCUAAACCGAAGAUCACCAAACCGGAGAGACGAGAUGAAAGUCUAGAUUCGAAUGACUCACACGAGAAGGAGGAGCCCAAAGCGGUCAGGGGCAGGAAGAAAGCGGCGUACGUCUCCCCUUACAGACGAAGCGUACCCCCCGCUAAGAAAGCCGCCACCGCGCCAGCCAAGGCCCCAGUGAAGGCCAUAGUACCUCCCAAACCUAGUGCCAAAGCUCCGAGCAAAACUCCAACGACUUCCAAAACACCUAGCGCCAAUACUUCACCUAAAAAGACUCUUAAUAAAUCGCCAUCCAAGAUAGCUCAAAAAGCCGUCGCCAUUCCGCUAGUAGCCGGCCAACCUUUGCCUCUAGAACGACAGGGCACCUUCACUAAAGAAGAAAGCUCAGUCCCCGCUAAAAUUUUACCAGUUACCGUACCAGAGAAGAAACCAAUCGUAUCUAGAUACGCGAAAACCACCCCUAAACCCGCCGUUAACAACACGUCUCCGUCUAGAUUACCACAACUUAACCGCUACUCGAAACCUCCCCUAAAGAAAGGCGGCAGCAGCGAGAAACCUGCGCCCAAACCCAAAUCCGCCAUGAGGAACUCCGCCUCCAACCACAGCCUACAGAGCAACGACAGCGCCAAAACUGUCACCCUAGCCUCCAGGGGCUCCAGACAAGGCAGCACUUCCAGCGUCAACAGCGUACAGUCUUCCAAAAUCAACUCUAAAGACGUAGAAAGCAAAAUAGCCAGUCUGUGGAAAAAGGUCGAGCAGACUAAGAAAGUAAUCGCCAAGCCCGACAAGCGGGUUUGGAUCGAGAGCGAUAAAACGGAACAGCCGAAGCUAAUCCGAAGUUCCACGUUCGAGGGCCAGCCCAAGCAAGCGCAAGUCUCCACUGCGCCUAAACAGAAAACUGCAAUAGGUAUCAAAAUAUCGCAAAUACCCAGUUUGAGGCCGAAGUCUACGCCGUCGAAGAUCACCGCGCCUGCUGUGAAGAAACCGGUGACUACACGGGUGUUUACGAGGAAGCCGGCCAACGGACAAGUCACGUAAUGUCUCAAGUAUUUAAAAACUCAGUGAAUGACGUUUAUGACUCGUAGAAUCAAGUGCGGAUCGAAGAUGUAUGGAAAAUUUAUCGAUGAGAGGGGUCAUAGUUGUUUAUCGAAUUUUUAGGCCGUAAAUUGGUGUUUUAAAUAAAGACACAUUCGAUAGGCCAGUCAGUGUAAGCAAAGCAGUUAAAUAUUUAACUCAAUCUUUCAUUGAUAAUGUGGGCAAACGGUCAUGGCCGUUUCCAAAACUAAUACAUGUGUAAAACUUGAGUGGAAUGGAUGCGAAAUUGGAUAUUUAAGGAAUGUUUGCAUAUUUAUUCAAAUUAUCGUUUAGGAUAGACAAUUAUGCUUGUCUGAGCAAGAUAAAUCGAUCAAUGUUUCUGGACACAGACGUCACAAAUCGAAUGGACUUAGUUGAUUAAUAAAGUGAUGAUAUAAGUAAUAAAAAUGUGUUUCUUUAGGUCGGGCAUGUUUGUUCCAGCUGAGACUAAUGUAUUUUACAACUAUUAUGCUAAGAAAAGCUUAGUCCCUUGACCAUGCAAUAAAAAAAAAGAUAUAUGUAUAACCCUUUUAUCUUUAUAGAAUGUUAAUUUGAUUGCAAGUUUAAAAACCUCAGUUGUCAUUCUAUAGUUUAUUUUAUCUAUGUAUAUUUGUUGCAUUUAUUUACAUUGGGAUAUUGACAAUCCCUUUCUGACUGCGGUUUUAGUUUAAGAUAUCCUUUUGUAAAGUUAGCGGAUGACGAAAAAACCAUGUGAAAUGAUAGGUUACGGAGCAACCUUACGGACUAAAAAAAUCGUGUUGCGUACAUAGGUAGGUAUGAAAUCUAACCUAAUAUGUUUUAUGACAGAUUUUCUAUCACUUUUAGCGCUUUUUACUUAAUCUUUACAAUGUAAGUAAUUUAAAUUAAGUCUUUAAAAUAAUCAUAGUUUCUGUUCCUAUCGAUCCCAUAUUGAGUUGCCUUCCGAUUUUCGGUUGAGAAACAUGAGUUUUCUCACUGACUAUCGUAGAAUGGUAAGCAUUAGCUCCAUUCAUUUCGAUGUAAAUAAUUCACAUUAAAACUAGUUAAGGUUACCAUAACACAAUUUGUAUAUUUUUCAUAAUAGCAUAACUUAAGUAACGUAAAUUGGAAUGUCACGUAGUUUCGCCGUAAUAAUGGGGACAAAUAUGGUAUUUGCCUCAAUUUUCUACGUCUAGUCAGUUUCAAUGUUAUUUAUAAGCUAAGCCUCGAGGUUACUCAAUGGGCUGGAUAUAGGUUGUUUUUUUUUCUUCCAAUUAUUAGUAAAAACCCUUUGUACUUCUCUCUUUGAUGCAUAUGAAGAAGUAAAUCGUCACCAAUAUUUAAAUCAAGCUUAACUAUGUCUACUUGUCGUAUUUAUAUCGAUAUUUAUAAAUAGUUUAUUGAAGUCGGUAUAAAACAGUACGGCAGGUAAACGUCAUAAUUAGAGAUUCUUACAAAAACAUGCAGGUACUUACAAGGUCAUAAUGAAAAAUAGUUUAAAUUUUAAAUGCUAAAGUCCGGAGCAAAAACCCUAACAAUAGCGUUCAUAACUGGACUGUUACUUUGACUAUUUCUGACUAUAGGACCAGUCAAUUAUUCUCCUUUCAAAAGUUACUAAUGCUAUUUUAAAAUUACUUGUACAGUCAUCAGAUAUAUCGGAGCGGCCGAGGUGCUCAAAAAUAUCUGAACACGCACUAACGCCUUGACAAUAGAGGCGUGCUCAAAUAUUUGUGAGCGCUUUGCCUGCUCCGAUAUAUCUGAUGGCGUCUGUACCAACAUUUUGUAGUAUUUUUCCGACGAACCCAUGGCUAGAUAGGAUAAAUAAGCUUCCCCGUGACGUAGUACUGAUUUCGUAACGUUACACGUAUGUAAGGAAUAGCAUAAUGUACUCGGUUAUCCGCUGCUGUAGCCAUUAUUCUGUUACGCCAGUUUAGGUAAAUAAUUAUAUAGUCGUAAGGUGCAUAUUUUGAUGGUAAUAAAUGAUAUUUACCACA